UUGAGUCACUUGUGAAAAAUCAGUCAUCGCGAGCAGUUCGACCAAAGAAAACCCGCUGACACAACACAACGCUAACCCAAAACCCACUUAUCAAACAAAAACAAAUAACAGCUGGGCAGCAACGCGAAGCGCGUGUGCAAAAAGAAACGAGAAAACAUACACAGAAAAAAGCACAAGAUAUAAGAGAUACACAAAAAAGAAACGAAGCAAAGCAGCGGAAAAUUUUGGGGACCAAACAAAGCCGGAGCUUUUGCCGAAACCAACAAGAAAAAAAACCCCAAAAAUCACAACGUGUUCGCCGGUCAAGAUGAGCGGUUCCGUUUUAAGUUUGGCGCGUCCUGCAGCCGCAGCAGCCACAAAUGGCCAUAAUCUUCUGGCCAAACAGCUAAAUUGCAAUGGCAAUGGCACCGCGGGCGGGGCGGCCAAAACCACUGUGGCCUCGGCCAUAACACCACCCAAACAACCCCAAUUGGCGGCCAAGGUCAUCCAGCAGUCGCAGAUCGUUUGCUUCGAUGUCGAUUCGACGGUGAUUUGCGAGGAGGGCAUCGACGAGCUGGCCGAAUAUUGCGGCAAGGGCAGCGAGGUGGCGCGUGUCACCAAGGAGGCGAUGGGCGGGGCCAUGACCUUCCAGGAUGCCCUCAAAAUCCGGCUGAACAUCAUAAGGCCCACGCAGCAGCAAGUGCGGGAUUUCAUACGCGAACGACCCAGUACACUGAGCAAAAACGUGCGGCGUUUUGUGGCCCACCUGAAGGCGGAGGGCAAACAGGUUUAUUUGAUCUCCGGCGGAUUCGAUUGUCUCAUCGCUCCGGUGGCCAAUGAACUGGGCAUUCCCCUAAAAAAUGUCUAUGCCAACAAGAUGCUGUUCGAUUAUUUGGGCGAAUACGAUAGCUUUGACAUCACACAGCCCACCUCGCGUUCCGGCGGAAAGGCCGAGGCCAUCGCCCUGAUAAAGCAGGAGAACAGCGGGGAUUCCCUCAUCACAAUGAUCGGCGAUGGAGCCACCGAUCUGGAGGCCGUACCGCCGGCCAACUAUUUCAUUGGCUUCGGUGGAAAUGUUGUGCGACCGGAGGUCUAUCGCCGGGCCCAGUAUUACGUAACGGACUUUGAGCAGCUGAUGGCGGAAUGAGAUUUAUACAUAUGUAUACAUAUAACAACGGCGGGGGAGUGGCGAAUUUAGUAUUUGAAAUCAACGUGUUAUAGCU